AUGGAUUAAAUGAAACUUUAAAUAAAAGCCACAAAUAUGGAUGAGGACUUUAUUAAAAAGCUGUCCGAAAUCACAUUUUCAGCAAUGCAACAAUUCAGAAUUGAAAAUUAGCUCAUCACAUUAAUUACGAAUGAGAUAAAUUUGAUUAAUUUGGAUGGAAUUGUAUUGUUGGAAGGAAUUUUGGAAGUCAUGUGAUUCAUUAAACAAAGAAAUACAUUUUUUAUAAACACAAAGAAUUGUAUUUCCUACUUU